CAGCCCAACGAGCUUCAGGAGGAAUGAGAAGAAUGGCUGCUUCUGUAGGACAGUUGGUCUCGAAUAUCCAUGCGAUUGGCUGCGGGCUAGUGAAGAGCUGACGUGCGAAUCUUAUAAGAGCGAGGUGCGAAGCAUUUCUAGGGAGCUCCAAACUGGGAAAGGAUAGAUGUGACAAUUUCGGGAGCUGAGCUUGCUACUACUUGCCUCGUAAUGGUUGUCGUUUUAGCUGUCCGUCGAGGGAUCGCGCGGCAGCAGUCGAUUAAGUUGCCCCCAAGAGGCCUUAGGAAUCUCGGCUGGAGCCCUCUUCCCGAAGCGGCGAGUACUUUUUUCAAUCAGAGCCUUCAAAAGCGUGUUUUGCCACGCCAGACUAGUGUUUCCGAGGAAUCUUGUAACGGGGAUGCGACGCUAGUCCCGCCGUUCGGUGCGGACGAGCCGACCCGCGACGAUCACCCCCGCUGUUUUCACCCUCGCUUCUGUCACUCGCAAUCGCGUGCACGCGAGGGAUUUAGAUCCCCCAUACAAUAUAGUUCGUUUGAAUCACAGACCGUUCGGCGGCUCAUUCACAACGGGGGUGGCGGAAGCGAUGGGGGGAGAGUGAGCGGGGGAAGCGGGGGGGCCACGGGGAGCCAGGGGAGCGGAGGUGGGGGAAGUGGCGGAAGCGGUGGCAACGGGGGGAGUGGGGAGAAUGCGGGUGGCGGAAGCAGUGGGGGCAAUAGCUGCGGUCGGCAAGUGAUGGCUCCCCGCACCCCUCAGCAAUACUUUGACCUGCUGUGCUCAGGGCAGUCUUGCCGCGUGUGUGAAUCGGAGGAGAAGGGCAGAGCGGUGGUGGCAACGAGGGGCAUAGCAGAGGGGGAAGCUGUGCUGGCGACCGCCCCUGUGGUGUCACACCCCACACUGGACCAUGUUGGCAAGGUGUGCUGCCUGUGCCUGGGACCACUAGCGGCCAGCCGACAAACCACAGGGGAGAGAGACGGAGAAGGCACGUGGCGGGGUAUGGAGGAGGGAACUUUGGGGCGGGGGAGGGAGGGGGAGGAGGCGGAAGGGGAACGGAGAUGCGACUAUGGGGAAGAGAACGGUUAUGAUGAGCGGCUUUUCUGCAGCAAAGAGUGUGCUGACGUGGCAUGGGAUGCUUUCUAUGCUGUUGAAAGAGCAGCUGAUUGGUCCGAACUGCACCAACACUGCAGAACCCACUCCCUGCGCUUCCCUCUGGUGGCCAAGCGCCUGGCGUGUAUGGUGCUGGCUGGAGGUGCUUCUGCCAACGUGCUGCAACCCCUGUGCCAUGUGGCGGACACUGGUGGUGCUCCCAUCCCCGCUACAUGGCAGCAGGAACAUGGGUACAUUCACUCUGCACUCUCCUCUGUGCGCUCUGUUGCUGACAGGCAACUCCGUUCGCUCUCCUUCUUCACCCCUCACUGGUACGCGUCAGUCAUCGCUCGCCUGCAUCUCAACGCCUUCCGCAUUUCACCCCUGCCGUCCGUCAACGCCGCAGUGGCUGAGCCCACCUUGAUCGAACUAGCCGGGGAGCACGGCUUCUCACUCUCCUCGGCUGCGCUUUUCAGAGCUGCGAGCGCAGCUGUGAAGGGGGAUGAGGGGGUUGGCACUGGGGUCUACCUGUUGGCUUCCUUCUUCAACCAUGACUGCGAUCCCAACGUGGACAUUUCUUGGCCGUCGGAUGCAACCGCCGUCCUCAGAGCCAGACGAGACAUAGAGGCUGGAGAGCAUCUGACAAUAACAUACCUGGACAGCAGCCUCGGCAGGAAGGCUCGGCAGAGGCAUUUAAAAGAGGCGUACGGCUUUGACUGCAACUGCCAGCGCUGCCAGCAAGGUGAUUAAAGCGAGCGUACAGACCAAACUCAAGAGUCAAAGGUUUUGAGUCCCCCGACGCACGAAAACUAACGCGAAGCAAACACGGUAACCAAAUACCAGCAGUAGGGGUGCGAUUUUUAUUUGGGAAGAUUCUGAUUGGCUAUGCGACUCACCACCAACCCAGCGACAGAACAAGGAAAGCCUCUCCCCCCGCCACAUCAAGACCCAAAGCUUUUGCUUUUUACUCUGUACUCAGUAGCCAUGGCUCCUUCCCCGCCAUUCUCGCUCCCUAGCACAGCGCUUACCUCCUAUUUCGUCAUUCACGGGAAAGCUGCCACUGCCUUCCCGCUUCCCGUAUCCCACUUCCUGCUCUCUCGAUUCCCACUUUCCCAUUAUCCUGCUUCCCCGAUUUUCCGCUUUCCGCCCAAUCCGCUAGCCCGCGUUCCCGCAGUCCCGCUUUCCGCUUUCCCGCGUCCCCGCUUCCCCCCAGCACCCAUUUUCCCCUCCCUUUCCCAUCCUCGUCGGCCAUCCCAUGUC